UGGAAAGGUUAGUUUAGCAAAGAAAGUGGUAAAGUUAGUAUCGCCGUCAGAAAACUCGGAAUUGGACUAUUAAAAUUCAACCAAGUCACUGGCUGGGAAAAGUGCGCGCGAAAACUUGUUUCGAGUUCGCUUGUUUCAAUCACCGAGUGCAAAAAUCGUUAAGAAAAAAUUAUGAAUAAUCGCAGCGAAUUGAGAGCAGUUUCCACAACGGGAUAAUAAAAUGCUACGCAGUGUUAUGGAGGUUCAGUGUAAAUUCCAAUAAUACGUGAAACGAUUUGGAUCGGCAUAAAUUUUGGCCGUUUUCGGCAGACAAUAGAAUUGCUGUGGAAUUUAUUAGGUGGAUAAAUUGAGAAACAGAAAAAAAAACACGACACAACACCAUUGCUUUAUAUAUCACCAUGGAUUAUCGGUUACUCACAUUCACGCUUCUCGUCUUCAUAUGCUCUGUAAUCGCAGUGGACAUUUUAAGCGAAAGCAGCGUGGGAUCGAACACCAAUCAAGAGGUUAGCAACACAGCCAAACCACAAACGGACGACGAACGGCAACCAGAGCCUCAUCAUAGGCAGAAACGUCAUGACAUAGAGAUUCAUCGAGUAAUAAAACGAAGACCAAAACCUCCUCCUUCGCAGUUCAGAGGACGGAAACCCCGACCACCAAGGCGACCAUCGAAGCCAAAAGUGAAAUAUGGACCACCGAAUGUUCAUUAUCCGCCCCUGUCUCACUAUACCCCGCAGGGAUAUGAUGAUUCUUUCAGUAACAGUUACGAUGAUUCAGAUCAUAACUCGUUUGCGGAACCACCAGUAAGCUAUGGUAAUCCAAUCCACCCUUCACCGGCCUUUGGUUCGCCGCACUUUGCUUACGGCCAAGGGACAACGUCAUACCAAGGUUCAAGCUACGGAAAACCUAGCUAUGGAGGUCAAGCGAACUUUGAAGAUUUCGAUAAGCACUCGUUUAGUUUAUCCAAUUUAGAUGGGAUUGAUGCAGCUAAAUUACUUAGCUAUUUAGGAAACGCAUCAGGUAAAUUGCCUGGAGGUCUCAAAGCAACAACUCUCAUCAAUGGUAAGCAGACAUCCUAUCAUCCGUCGUCAUUGUUCACGAAGGAUGAGCCAAAUUAUUAUCCCCAUAAAGAUUCAUCAGGCUAUACACGCCUAACGGAGGCUGAUCACCCAAAGCACCAGUUCCCAUUAGAAGGCUAUAAGCAAGAUCCAUACAAGACACCUUUAACAUCAUAUGAAGUUCCACUUACACGCAAAAAACCUAACUUAUUUGAACCCUCGAAAGAAUACGACUCAUCCUUCAAAAAUAUGCCCGCCUCUCAUGUCACUAGUAGUAUAACCUCAACACACACCUCUUCGCACAGUACAAUUGACGAUGAUGAAGAAGAGUACAUCCCGAAUCUACCGAACCGCUACGAACAAGAACAAUUCCACAACCCUUCACAACCAAAUCCAAACAAACCUUUGACCAGUUCAAUCCAACCCAUUACAGACAAUGAUCCGUUCACCAACCUAAACUACGACGAGGUAUCGGAAUCACAAAAGAUUUCCGUGAAAACACGGGGCAAACACGCUGACACGUCGUCUGGGGAUAAUUAUUCUGUGGACUACCCACAUGUAACCCCCACGGGCAAAAGGAACAAAAUUCGACGCAAGAAAAAGCCAAAGCCAACGGUUGCUCCGGCUUCUCACAACCUUGAUACUGAUGAUCUGCGAGACGCAUAUGGUUCGAGUUCCGACUUCCAUGAAAUAGCGAUCGAUGCUGACGAGUUUCUAGAAUUCGAACCCCAGAAACAAAUAAAACAUUCCAGACCUAGGGGAGUGACGAUGAUACGCAGCGAAGACAACUCACCGACAAAUUUUGUACUGUUGUCAUCGCAAAACAAGGUCAAAGAGACUAGAUCUCCCAGUUACAGAAUAACAACGACGACUGCCUAUCCCAAGAAGACGCCAUCUGAUUCAGAGUUCAAAACUGUCGAUAUAACAUUCUACAAAUCCGUGGAACCGAAACCGAAGGUUCCAAAACCAUUGAUCGGCUUGGAUGACAUCAAUAUCCUCUCGAUUCAAAAGUCGAACUCGAAGAGCUACUACGCAGGUGAUGAGGGCAAAGAGGCGAUGUUGUAUCAGGGAUUCAUGCCGACCCGGCGAAAUGGAGCCCAGCAAAGCUUCCGUAUGGACUAUGAAAUGUUGGACGAUGAUGAAAAUGAAAAUUAUGACGACAUCAGUGAUGUUGGAACAUUCGGUGGAAAACUUUUGAACGGUAGAAUUAAGAAAGAUUUAACCAAUAAAACAGACAGUGUGAAUCGUAAAACGCCCAGAACGAAAUAUAGUUGAGGGUGAUUGUUUCGUACACUAGACGCAUAAUAUUGCUUAGUAUGGUAGCUUUAUUCGUAGAAGUAAUUAGUGCACUUUUGUUAUUUAUUAUGA